UUGAAAUUAUAAUACUAGCUUAGCUUUCAUAGACUUCAACUUAGCAGAAGAUACCAGGAAACGACUUAAAAAAUGAAUAUCAUCCACACAGAAACGACGUUAGCAGCUCUUUACUCCAGCGAGGGUAGCGUUAUGGAGCGCCACCACUUGGCACAGGCUAUGUGCAUACUCAACACUGAGGGAUGUGACAUUCUGGAGUCGCUACCGCGAAGGGAUUACGACAGAGCCAUCAUGAUGCUUCGAGACAAUAUUUUGGCUACCGAUCUAGCUAAUUACUUCAAGAACUUGGACGAGUAUAAAAUAGUAUCGAUGGACUAUCAAAAGAGCAACCGAACACAUUUUGCUGCUUUACAAGCCUUGCUGAUGAACGCGGCCGACCUCAGCGAUCAGCUCAAAGACUGGGGUUGCGUGAAGAAAACUGCUGCGGCGGUUUUAACGGAGUUCUUCAAGCAAGGCGAGUUGGAGAAGAUGCGAGGGGAUUCGCCAACCAGUGCUAUGGACAGUGACAAGUGCUUCAUACCGGAGUUGGAGAUACAGUUCCUGCAGACCAUCUGCCUGCCGCUAUAUGAAUUGAUCGGCAAGAUAAUACCUAAAGCAGCGGUUUGUACUAAAAUCAUUGAAAACCAUAUGGAACGAUGGGAAGCGUCGAAGCCUGUGUUCUCAGAGGUGCCUCUCACAGCUGGUCUCUCAGUUCUGCUGAGCCCAGAACUGGACACUCUCAUAGAGAUAAACCUCAAAGAGGCCGGCAAAGGCGAUCUCAUGGAAACUGAAACCAUACCAGACGCUAACACUACAACUACUUAAAUAUUAUGCUAGGUAUUAGACAAAAGCCGGCAACAUGGGAACAGGAGAUCCAGUGACCUAGGGAGGUUACCCGAAUCCCAAAUAAUCCUUAAAUUCCUAAUCCCCAAAA